CUUUUCUCCGCUGAACUGGAAGGAGCUGAAGCAGGACAGCAGCAGGGUUUUAGCUGGGUUUUUCCUGGACUGCAAGUCAGACACACGCUGACGUGGAGAUAUGCCUUUGAGGUUGGAGAUCCAGCGGAGGCUGACAGCUCGGUCAGAGAGAGUGAAGAGUGCGGACCUGCACCCCACUGAGCCGUGGAUGGUGCUCAGCCUCUAUACCGGCACUGUUGUCGUCUGGAACUAUGAAACACAGGCAAUCGUGAAAUCCUUUGAGCUGUGCAAUCUGCCUGUCAGAGUGGCCAAGUUUGUAGCCAGGAAACACUGGAUCAUUGCUGGAGCAGAUGACAUGCAGAUCCGUGUGUUUAACUACAACACUCUAGACAGGAUCUACAUGUUUGAAGCUCACUGCGACUACAUCCGCUGUGUCGCCGUGCACCCCACGCAGCCAUUUAUUCUCACCAGCAGUGAUGACAUGCUGAUCAAACUGUGGGACUGGAACAGAAAGUGGAUGUGCUGUCAAGUGUUUGAGGGACACACACACUACGUCAUGCAGAUCGUCUUUAACCCUAAAGACAACAACCAGUUUGCCAGUGCCUCUUUGGACAGAACCAUUAAGGUGUGGCAGUUGGGCUCCAAGACUCCAAAUUUCACUCUUGAGGGCCAUGAGAAGGGAGUGAACUGCAUUGAUUACUACAAUGGAGGAGACAAGCCCUACCUUAUAUCAGGAGCUGACGAUCAGCUUGUGAAGAUCUGGGAUUAUCAGAACAAAACAUGUGUUCAGACCCUGGAGGGUCAUGUGCAGAAUGUGACCUGCGUCUGCUUCCACCCCAAACUGCCAGUCAUUCUCACGGGCUCAGAGGAUGGCACUGUCAGAGUUUGGCACUCCAACACUUACCGACUCGAAAACACACUUCAUUAUGGGAUGGAGAGGGUGUGGUGUAUAAGUGGGCAGCCUGGGUCCAACAAUGUGGCUCUGGGCUAUGAUGAAGGUAGCAUCAUCAUAAAGCUGGGUCAGGAGGAGCCGGCCAUGUCCAUGGACUCUGGUGGGAAGAUCAUGUUGGCCCGUCACUCUGAGGUGCAGCAGGCCAACUUGAAGGUGCUGGGAGAGACUGAGAUUCAGGAUGGAGAGAAGAUCCCACUUGGUGUCAAAGACAUGGGCAGCUGUGAGAUUUACCCCCAAACCAUCCAGCACAGCCCCAAUGGAAGAUUUGUAGUGGUGUGCGGAGAUGGGGAAUAUAUCAUCUACACUGCGAUGGUCUUAAGGAACAAGAGCUUUGGCUCUGCUCAGGAGUUUGUCUGGGCACAUGACUCCUCACAGUAUGCCACCAGGGAGGGCAACAGCGUGGUAAAAAUAUUUAAAAACUUUAAAGAGAAGAAGACUUUCAAGCCUGAUUCUGGGGCUGAUGGCAUCUUUGGUGGCUUCUUACUGGGAGUGAAUUCAAACACUGACUUGGCCUUCUAUGACUGGGAAAGCUCCCAUUUGAUCCACCGUGUUGAAAUCCUGCCUAAACAUAUCUUCUGGUCUGACUCUGGGGAACUGCUGUGUAUUGCUACAGAAGAGUCUUUCUUUGUGCUGCGUUACCUGACAGAGCGAGUGUCAGAAGCACAGGAGUCUAAGGAAAUGCUCCCUGAGGAUGGGAUAGAAGAUGCUUUUGAGGUGCUGGGUGAGGUUCAGGAGGUUGUGAAGACAGGUCUGUGGGUGGGAGACUGCUUCAUCUACACCAACUCCAUUAACAGACUCAACUACUAUGUUGGAGGAGAGAUCAUAACUAUCGCUCACCUGGACAGGACCAUGUAUCUGCUGGGCUACAUCCCAAAGAACAACCGUCUCUAUCUGGGAGACAAGGAGCUCAACAUCACCAGUUACUCCCUGUUGCUCUCUGUGCUGGAAUAUGAGACAGCUGUGAUGAGGAAAGAUUUCAAUACGGCUGACAGUGUCCUUCCCACAAUCCCAAUGGAGCAGAGGACCAGGGUCGCCCACUUCCUGGAGAAACAGGGUUUCAGACAGCAGGCAUUGGCUGUGUCCACUGACCCUGAACACAAGUUUGAGCUUGCUCUGCAGCUGGGGGAGCUGAGGACAGCGCAUGAACUGGCACUGGAGGCAACGUCAGAGCAUAAAUGGAAGCAGUUGGCUGAAGUUGCCACCACAAAGAGCCAGUUUAGCCUUGCUCAGGAGUGUUUGCACCAAGCUCAGGAUUAUGGUGGAUUACUGCUGCUGGCGACAGCCUCAAGCACCACAGAGAUGGUGGAGAAACUAGCUGAGGGGGCAGAGAAGGAUGGAAAGACCAAUGUUGCUUUCCUCGCCUACUUCAUGCAAGGAAGAACUGACAAAUGUCUGGAGCUGCUUAUUAAAACCAAUCGAUUGCCAGAAGCUGCUUUCCUGGCAAGAACAUACAUGCCCAGCCACGUCUCAAGGGUGGUGAAGCUGUGGAAGGAGAACCUGUCUGAGGUUAACCAGAAGGCAGCAGAUGCGUUGGCUGACCCCAGCCAGUACAGCAACCUGUUUCCUGGCCUCCAGCAAGCCCUGCUGGCUGAGCAGUAUCUGAAGGAGACUCAUGGUGGGGUCAGACGUGCUGCAGAAUACCCCCUAGUUACGCCUAACGAGCAUCGUGAUGUUCUGGAAGAGUCCAAAGGUUUGAUUCCCCAAAGAGAAAUUACUGAGCCAGAGGAGGGACUGAAAAGUAUGAGUAAAAACCCUGUUGCAAAUUUAGAAGCAGCAGUAAUGGAAAACUCCUUCUCAAUACAUGUGCCCUGUGCGGAUCCUGUUCUGGUGACAGAGAGAACAACUGGUUUGACAACAGAAAAGCACCCUGAGCCAAACCAAGCACAGUCUCCGUGUCACGUUUUGGAAGAUGCUGAAGGUGAAAACUUCAUGAAAUCAGAGACUUUGGUCUUUGCAGAGGAACGCUUGAUCCAGGAACCCUACACCGAGUUUUCUGCCAAAGAGUCUGACACCAAGCAGUCCUGUCCAAUGGAAGAUGUACGUUUAACUGAUGAGGUGACUGUUCAGGAAAAAGCUUCAGCAGCUGAAGCUCAGCCAGCAUCUGGAACAGAAAAUAUCAUGGUAGCUGAAGAGGAAGCAACACCAGCAGCAGAAGAUUUAAAAGCUUUAGAGGAAAUUUCUAGUCCUGAUCAACUGGAAAAAGGCAUAAUUUCCUCAGAAGUCCCACCCAUGGUUGCUAUAGCAACAGAUGAGACUCCUGCUGUAAAGGAACCUGCAGCAGUAGAGGAGCUUAUCUCUUUAGAACCCACAGAAAGUACCCAACUGGAUGUCCCAUCAGCUGCAGUCCAGGCCUUCUCAGAUAUGAGCUUUGAUCCAUCACUAAACUCAGAUGAAGAUGCAUCAACAGUGUUGAAACCGGUCCCUGUAUGGGAGUUGGAGCAAGAACAAGAGGAGGAAACUCCAGAAUCUCUUGCAGAGACCGAGGACGGGUCCGAGGUGAAUUAUCUUCCUCAGGCUGAAGCAGAAGGAUCAGACGACCCUGCAGAGCAGGAAGCAGGCUCUGAAGGAUCUGAGGAACCAGCAGAAGAUCUCGAGGAAGCGAUGAACACUGAGGACCUCGAUGAUCUGGAUCUGAACUGUUUUGACCUGGAAGACAUCGACACCUCAGACGUGAACCUAGAAGAGACUCUGCUGGGUGAAUAGUGGAGGCAACAUUGUUUUAUUAUUAUUUUGGACAUUUUCUUGUGACCAAAUAACAUUUUAAAAGCAAGAAACACCAAAACAAAGUUUUCUUUUACAAAAAAGGGGCCAAAGGUGGACCAAAUCCAGACUUUUAGAGGCUAAAGGUUGCAACGAAUAGCUAGAAGAUUCAGGGCUGAAGUAGCCUGAAUCUGAGGUGAAACUAUUUCUUUUUCUUCUCUCAAAUGUCACUGUUGAUUAGUGUUACGAAGGCCAUUCAAUAAAACCAGCAUUUUUAUAGGCAGGACAAUC